AUGAAAGCUGUGUUGAAGGAGACCAUGAGGCUUCACCCUCCAUUGCCAUUAUUGGCUCCAAGAGAGAGCAGUGAGAGUUGUGAGAUUAAUGGAUUCACAAUGCCCCCAACAACCCAGAUGCUUGUGAAUGCAUGGGCCAUUGGGAGGGACCCAACUUGGUGGGACAGAGCAGAGGAAUUUGUGCCAGAGAAGUUCUUGGAGUCUGAGAUUGAUUAUAAAGGUCUGAACUUUGAGCUCAUCCCUUUUGGAGCAGGAAGGAGGAUUUGCCCUGGAAUCACUCUUGCUCUUGCUAAUGUUGAGCUUCCUCUUGCUAAUCUUCUGUUCCACUUCGACUGGCAACUUCUUGAUGGGCACACCACUCUUAAUCAGGAUUAUCUCUUCGCCAUUCCUGUUUCUCAGCAUCUUGCCCCCUCUUCAAGGGACAAUUGCGUCUCGUCGCCUAUUACAUCUGAGCAGUGCAAAAUAUAA